AUGAUUUGAUAACUCUUGGAAGCGGAAUACCUUCCCAUGGCAUUGAUUCAGCAAUUUGGUGGGAAGAUGUUGGGAAAACCUACUUUUUCAAAGGAGAUAGGUAUUGGAGGUACAGUGAAGAAAUGAGAUCCAUGGACCCUGGUUAUCCCAAACCAAUCACAAUAUGGAAAGGCAUCCCAGAAUCUCCCCAGGGAGCCUUUGUCCACAAAGAAAAUGGCUUCACAUAUUUCUACAAAGGAAAAGAGUACUGGAAAUUCAAUAACCAGAUGCUCAGGGUGGAACCUGGCUAUCCCAGAUCCAUCCUCAAGGAUUUUAUGGGUUGUGAUGGACCAACAGAUCGAGAUAAAGACCGACACAGCCCUCAAGAUGACGUUGACAUUGUCAUCAAACUGGACAACACAGCCAGCACUGUGAAAGCCAUAGCCAUCGUCAUUCCCUGCAUCCUGGCCUUGUGCCUCCUUGUCUUGGUUUACACUGUGUUCCAGUUCAAAAGGAAAGGAACACCCCGCCACAUACUGUACUGCAAACGCUCUAUGCAAGAGUGGGUGUGA